AUGGCGUCCGUCGCUACCUUCUUCGAGAACCUCUGGCUGUCAAUCUUCGAGCCUGGCCCGACAACCACCCUCCUCGUCGCAACAAAUGCCUCUUUCGCCGCGCUCCAGCUACUUUUCUUCGCCCUCCUGAUCGCGACGAACAGCAUACACUUCUACAUCCUAUCUGCACUUUGCGGGGGACUUUGGUACGCUAUCAACUGGUUCGCGACCGAGAUCCGCGCUGCACAGGCCAAGGAGGAGGAAGCGAAGCGCAUCAGAGAGGCGAAACGCGAUAGAGAGAAGGGCAAGGCGAACGCGCGGAACGGAGAUGCUAUGGACUCUGGCGACGACACAGAGGUCGAAACCGAAGUAGAGGAGAAGCAGAAGCCCGUUGUACGAGCGAACCCACCUCGCACGUCUCGCUCCGAGACGGAGAGCACUGUGUUUGUGGAGAAGCCUGUGGAGAGCGUGGCGACGCUGAGAGGCAGCACGCCGGUUGCGAGCUCGGGCGCAAGCUCCGGACUGAAGCCUGGGCCGGACGACAAGGUCAAGCAGAGAAGGAGUUUGGGCGAGUCGACGGGCGAUUUGAGCACGGACAGCGAGUGGGAGAAGCUGUCGCAGGACUCUGGCGAUAGAUGA